AUGGGCUUCAUUUUCGCCAUUGCUCCAUUAGUGUAUGCUGGGUUUGAUCCUAGCUCGUCCUCCAACAUUGCAGUGUACUGGGGACAGAACUCAUAUGGCCAGGGUAGCGGUUCCUUUGUUCAGCGAAAUCUUGCCUACUACUGCUCGAAUACUAAUAUCAAUAUUAUCCCUAUUGCAUUCAUGAAUGGCAUCAGUCCUCCUAUUACCAACUUUGCUAAUGCGGGAGACAACUGCACCACGUUCUCUGACAACCCCAAUCUCCUGAACUGUACUCAAAUUUCGAAUGAUAUCAAGACUUGCCAGAAAACGUAUGGCAAAACGAUCAUUUUGUCGCUUGGUGGAGCCACCUAUACCCAGGGAGGGUGGUCUUCAGCCACUGAUGCUCAAAAUGCCGCACAGGCAGUGUGGAAUAUGUUCGGACCCUUACCGGGUACUGCAGUUGACCGUCCCUUUGGAGACGCUGUCGUUGAUGGCUUUGAUUUCGAUUUCGAGUCGACACUCAACAAUCUUCCAGCAUUUGGUGCUAAGCUUCGUAGCUUGAUGGACGGAGCGAGUGGGAAGAAAUACUACUUAUCUGCUGCCCCCCAGUGUGUCUUCCCAGAUGCUGCCGAUGGCACGACGCUGGACGCUGUUGCUUUUGAUUUUGUCCUAGUGCAGUUCUACAACAACUGGUGCGAAACAUCCAACUUUCAAGUCGGAUCUUCCACUCAGUCCGCUUUCAACUUUGGUGUCUGGGAUACCUGGGCCAAGACCAGCAAAAACCCCGCGGUGAAGGUCUUUUUAGGUAUUCCAGCCAACUCUGGCGCUGCGGGCGCUGGUUACACCAGUGGAUCUCAGCUCAAGGCUGCCAUCGCUUAUUCGAAGCAGUAUAGUAGCUUUGGAGGAGUCAUGAUGUGGGAUAUGUCGCAGCUUUACGCAAAUAGUGGUUUCCUCGACCAGGUUGUCAGCGACCUCAGUGUCUCUGUUACUCCGACUACAACUACAGCUAUGACUUUUACAACCUCAAGCUCAGUGCCUAGCUCAACUGGUGGGGGCCUUGUUGCUCAGUGGGGUCAGUGUGGUGGUGAAGGAUAUACCGGCCCGACUCAGUGCCAGCCUCCAUACAAGUGCAUUUCCGGCGGUCAGUACUGGUCAUCCUGUCAGUGA